UCUCUCCUUCUAAAUUCACAGCAACAGACAGAAUCCCCUGAAAAGUGAAAGCUCUCUCUCUCUAUCUCUAAAGCACGCACUCUCAGUCACCGUUGGUAGGCGGAGCGGCAGCGGCGGUGGAGGUUGGGGGUUCUAGCGUUUGGGAGGAUGGAUUUUCAGGUGGUAGUACUAGCCGGAGGCACUUCAAAGGAACUCAUCCCUCUCGUUUCAAAGGAGGUUCCAAAAGCCCUUCUUCCUGUGGCGAAUCGCCCUGUUCUAUCUUAUGUUCUAGAGCUUUUGGAGCAGAGUAAUCUCAAGGAUCUCAUUGUUGUAGUUGAAGGGGAAGAUGCUGCUCUUCGAGUUGGUGGUUGGAUAUCCAGUGCUUAUGUUGAUCGUCUACAUGUUGAGGUAGCUGCAGUACCCGAGGAUGUUGGCACAGCUGGUGCUCUUCGGGCCAUUGGUCACCACCUGACUGCACAUGAUAUCUUGGUUGUGAGUGGUGAUCUUGUUUGUGAUGUUCCCCCGGGGGCAGUGGCUGCUGCUCAUAGGCGACAUGAUGCCAUAGUGACCGCAAUGCUUUGCUCUGCUCGUGUCAGUGGACCAUCAGAGUCUGGUUCUGCUGGUGGAAAGGACAAAGCCAAGAAACCAGGACGCGAUAAUAUUAUAGGGCUGGAUCCCACACAACAAUUUCUUUUGUUCAUAGCAGCUGGAGCUGAAGUUGAGAAAGAUAUUAGAGUUCAGAAGAGCAUUCUCCGUGCAGUGGGGCAGAUGGAAAUCCGCGCUGAUUUGAUGGAUGCUCAUUUGUAUGCAUUCAAGAGGUCUGUUUUGCAAGAAAUACUUGAUCAAAAAGAAACUUUUCAAAGCUUAAGGCAGGAUGUACUUCCUUAUCUUGUCAGGAGCCAGCUGAGGUCUGAAUUAUCAUUGCAUGGGGCGCAAUCAGAAGAAAAUGGGAAUGACAAAGUUGCUUCCCAGGACAACAAAGUAUCCCUGUCUCAACUUCUGACUAAUUCUUCUACCCCAAGUUUCCACGAACUCUAUGCUGUGGGUCCUAAUGGGUCUGCCCCUGUUCCAAGAAAAACCCAUAAAUGCUGUGUUUAUAUUGCCAGCAAGAACAAGUUUUGUGCACGCUUGAAUUCCAUUCAAGCUUUCAGUGACAUAAAUCGAGAUGUUAUUGGGGAUGCAAGUCACCUGUCAGGAUAUUCGUUCUCUGCUCAUAACAACAUCAUCCAUCCUUCUGCGGUGCUUGGGUCAAAAACUACAGUGGGACCACAAUGCAUGCUGGGGGAAGGUUCACAAAUGGGUGACAAAUGCAGUGUAAAACGAUCUGUUAUUGGCCGUCACUGCCGGAUAGGUUCCAAUGUAAAGGUUGUCAGUUCAGUAAUUAUGAACCAUGUCUCCAUCGGGGAUGGUUGUUCAAUCCAAGGCUCUGUUAUCUGCAGUAAUGUACAGCUCCAAGACCGUGUUGUUCUGAAAGACUGUCAGGUUGGAGCAGGUUUUGUGGUGAGUGCUGGCAGUGAGUACAAGGGGGAAUCCUUGGCGAGGAAAGAGAAAUGCCAACCACAAUGACCACUUAUCUUUUUUAGCCCUCUGAAAUAUUCCCAGAUUUUGAAAUUAAUUGUGUUGCUUGUUGAAUCUGCCCCCUGUAUUCUAAUUGCUUAGAGGGAUAGAUUUACAUCCAUUUUUGUCCGUUAUUUACCUUGCCGUAAUUGGUAGUUAUAAUUUCUCUAGGAGGUUGAUUAGGAGGGAAUUUUACGUUCGCGUGCACAACCAAUAGCAGAGAAUCUAAUAAGUACAUGACCCUAAAGGUAAGAAAAUUAUGGGAAAAUGACGAGAUGUCAUUGGAUGGCACACGGUCACGUGAUUUUCUUAAACUAUGUGAUAAUAUGUGGUUGAUUAGGGUGUUUGUCUGUCUUCACAGCAUAAUGUUAAGUCUUCUUUUAGCAAUGA